GAUGAUUUAUGCAAUGAGAGUGAUGCGUUUAGACGAAGCUGUCCAAUGGCUGCCGAGUGGGCGGAGCUCGCUUCUGCAGGAGGUUCCAAGAUGGCGGCGGGUGCGUGAGGCGCGACACUGAGCGCGCGGUUCUCUUUCGCAGUCACUUGCCGCCAUGAAGGGCAAGGAGCGUUCCCCAGCCAAGGCCAAGCGGUCCCGGGGUGGUGACGACUCCUGUUCGGCAAGGAGUGAGCGGAGUAGCAAGAAACCAAGCAAUGGCGGCGGGAAAUCCGCGGGUGGCGGCUCCAGUGAGGGUGGUAGCAGUAGCCGCCGGAGCCUUCACCUGGAGAAGGCCAGUCGGCCCAGCAGCCGCGAGUACGAGUCUACUACGGUGAGCGGCGGCGGAAGCAGCAGCCGUCACGGCUACAGCGGUAGCAACAGCAGUAGCAAGAACGCGGAGUCUUCGUCCUCGCGUGGCAGCAGCAGCCGCGGCGGUGGGGAUUCCCGAGCGCCCCCCUCUGACUCCGGCAGCAGCAGUGAGUACAAGACGCUGAAGAUCAGCGAGUUGGGCUCCGCGCUAAGCGACGAGGCCAUAGAGGACGGGCUUUUCCAUGAGUUCAAGCGUUUCGGAGACGUAAGUGUCAAGAUCAGCCGCCUCCCGCCUGGAGCUGGCGAUGAACGGGUAGCCUUUGUCAACUUCCGCCGCCCAGAGGACGCCCGGGCUGCCAAACAUGCUCGUGGCCGCUUGGUUCUGUACGACCGGCCGCUGAAGAUCGAGGCUGUUUAUGUGGGGAGCAGCAGCGGAGGAGGAGGGGGAAGCGGCCGGCGGCGCAGCAGUCGUUCUCCGGCCUUUUUAGACAAAGAGUCGCCCUAUGGAGCUACAGCGGUGGGUGUAGCGGCUGCAGCAGCCGCGGCGAUCAGGCAUCCUGCUACUGGGGCUACGCAGAGGGCACUUUCUCCAGCUGGUGGAGGAGCAGGGUUGGGCUACAGAGACUACAGGCUACAGCAACUUGCCCUGGGCCACCUGCCACCACCCCCUCCUCUGCCCAGGGAGCUGGAAAGAGAACGGGAUUAUGGGGGCUUCUAUGACCGGGUGAGGCCUGCCUAUAGUCUGGAUCGAGUGGCUGGGGUGGCAGCGGUGGCAGCUGCUGCAGGAUUUCGUGGGGUUGGUGGCACAGGAACUGCCAGUGAGGAAGAAAUCAGCCCUGAGGAUGACCAGAGAGCCAACCGUACACUGUUCCUGGGCAAUUUGGAUAUAACGGUGAGCGAGUCUGACCUUCGUCGGGCAUUUGACCGCUUUGGGGUCAUCACUGAGGUGGACAUUAAACGGCCAUCCAGAGGUCAGACUAGCACUUAUGGAUUUCUCAAAUUUGAGAACUUGGAUAUGGCCCACCGGGCUAAAAUAGCCAUGUCUGGAAAACUGCUGCUGCGGAAUCCUCUCAAAAUUGGCUAUGGUAAGGCUACACCUACCACACGACUCUGGGUGGGUGGCUUGGGUCCUUGGGUGCCAUUGGCUGCUCUUGCCAGGGAAUUUGACCGUUUUGGAACUAUUCGCACCAUUGAUUAUCGGAAAGGUGACUCAUGGGCCUAUAUCCAGUAUGAGAGCCUGGAUGCUGCACAGGCUGCUUGUACCCACAUGAGGGGCUUUCCUUUGGGUGGGCCAGACCGCCGUCUGCGAGUGGACUUUGCUGACACUGAACAUCGCUAUCAGCAGCCCUACUUGCAGCCACUGCCACUUCCCCCUGCCCACUAUGAUUUGGUGGCAGAAACAUCUGCCUUUGCAACACAUCGCGGAGCUCCACCUGAUCCACUCCGGGGUGCUCGGGACAGGACACCUCCACUGCUAUAUGGAGACCGUGACAGAGAUCUCUAUCCUGAGACAGAGUGGGUGCCUCCACCACCUCCUGUUCGGGACAGAGGUAAUAGGGGAACUGUCUAUGAUGCACUUGAAAGUCUGGAACGCCGGCGAGAUGGCUGGUCUCUAGAAAGAACCCGUGGGGAGAGGGAACUAGGCAGUAGCAGUAGGGACCCAACAAGGAAGCGAAGGCUAGUGGAGGAUGGAGGGCGGCAUUUGGACCGUUCACCAGACAGUGAACGAUCUUCAUCUCGAAAGCGGCACUGCCCUGCUGUGUCCUCUCCACAGGAUCGUAGUCCUGAGCCAGGCGUGGGCAGAGACCGCUACAGCAGUGAUACAGAACGGCCAUCCUCCCGUUUGCUCCUCUUGGAUCGUCCUUCUCCAAUUAGAGAGCCGCGUAGGGGUAGCUUGGAGAGAAGUCAGAGUGAGAAGCGUGACCGUAAGAGCUCAGCAGAAAGAGAGAGAAAACACCGUGCUCUUGUGUCAGCUACCCCCCAAGAAUGUAAGAGCCCAGCUAAAAAGGAUGAGCAUGCUUCAGAAGGGAGCAGUGGUGGGGGCUCUCGGCUGAAACCUCCACCCCAAAAGCAGCAGCAGCAGCAGCAACAACAGGAUGGAACCUCAAAGUCUGGGUCCUCCCCCAAAUUAUGCCUGGCCUGGCAAGGAAUGCUUCUGUUAAAAAACAGCAAUUUCCCAUCUAAUAUGCACCUACUUCAGGGGGAUUUGAGUGUGGCCAGUGGUCUUCUAGUAGAAGGAGCAACUGGUGGCAAAGUUGCCCAGCUAAAGAUCACCCAGCGUCUUCGUUUGGACCAACCCAAGCUGGAUGAGGUUACCCGUCGUAUCAAAGUGGCAGGGCCCAAUGGAUAUGCUAUUCUUCUGGCUGUGCCUGGUACCACGGAGAACCGUGCCUCAUCUGGGGCUGGUGAAGCUAACACCACCUCUACACAGCGUCCACUCAGAAACCUGGUGUCCUAUCUUAAACAAAAACAGGCAGCUGGGGUGAUUAGCCUCCCUGUAGGAGGCAACAAAGACAAAGAAAACAGUGGGGUUUUGCAUGCUUUUCCACCCUGUGAUUUUUCUCAGCAGUUUCUGGAUUCUACAGCCAAAGCCUUGGCUAAAUCAGAUGAUGACUAUUUGGUCAUGAUCAUUGUCCGUGGUGCAUCUUAAAACCCUAAUACUUUCUGUUUACCCUGCUCUUCAUACAGCCCCUUAGUUCAAAUGUCUGCCAGGUGCUAUGCGCUAAGCCUUAGCCAGCUCCCUGAGUAUAAUUUUAAUUAGAUCUGUAGAUAACAUUAUCUUCCCUAAUUUUCUAUAAACUCUUUAGAAGGCAGACAUGAUAUCUACUUGUUAAUAUGACUAGACUACCUUUGAUUGUCUUGCAUAUAUGCAGGUAGAAGGAAGGGAAGGUCUCCUUCAACUGAAAUAUGAAACCCAGAAAAAGUUUGACCUUUUUUUAGCUUUUAACUUUUUGUCCUUUUUCAUUUCAUAACUUUUUAAAAAGCAAAUAUAAAAAUGCCUUCCCUAUGUGUACAAAUUUGAGCAACUAUAAAACAUUCAUGACCCAUAUACUGUCACAAGACUAAAAAGACAAGUAAAUAUUAGAAGUCUUUGGGCUUGUUUUCAGUGAAGGCCUGAGACUAAAAAUCAAAAUAAUUCCUGCAUCAAGAACAUGAAAAAUUAAAAUUUGACAUUACUUCACUCAAGGUUGACUUCCACCUUGGCAGAUGCCUUCACGGUACACAUGUCAUCUUUAACUGGGUAUUAGUUUGGGAAUUUUGCCAAGUUCACAGAAGGCAUGGCCACCAAGAAUGCUUUAAACAAGCAUAUUUUGUUUUUGUUUUGAAACCCAUGUGAAUUUUUGUAAUACCUGAUAAAGAGCCAAGAGCUUUGCUGUAGUCCAUUACCAUCUUGUGCUUCAGUAUGCAAGAAGCAGGUGCUUAUAAGACAACUGUGAUUACUUGCAUUUUUUGUUCUUAUUGCCCUUUGCUAAGUGUGGUAGGUACAGUGAAAUCUAAAUGUAACUUGGAAAUAAGUAUAACUUUCAGAGAUGGCUUUUAAUUUAGGUGGAAAGUUCCACCACACAACCAUUUAAACAUCAUUUUAUCCCUUGUUAAUAGAAAUACUACCUGCUAGACAUUUUCAGGUGAAAUAUAAUGGGCAUUAUGCAAGGUUUUAUAGUCAUCUGGAUAGCACUGUUUUAAUCUUGACAUUUUUAUAAUUGUCUUGUAUUUCCAGAUGUUGAGGAAGCUGGCUACUUUGUUCACAAAACAUAAUUUAUUUGAAAAUGAGCUUUUAAAUAGCUCUUUCAUAAAUGCUCCAUUACUAGAAAAAAUACUUUUUCAGAUUUAUGGAAUUGUUUACCUUAUCUCUUUAGUCCCAAUUUUUUGUUAUCUAAAAUAUUGCAGUAGCCCUUAGAUAUUGAAGAACGUUAUUUGAUUAGUUUAAGAUAGUUUUGCCCAGGUACAGAGGAUUAAUGUUCUUUAAAAUGUGGCUGAGUGAACAAUGAUAUGCUGCUCAGUAAAGUAGCUUGUGCUAUUUAUACAGUCACCUUAUAGAACAGACAGUUCACUUCCAAAACAAAAUACUUUAUUUUCAUUCUUAAAACUGUGACUUUAGUAGCUGAAAGACCCACAUGGAGUAAAAACAAGACUGAAAUAAUUCCAUUGGUUCAAAAUACAGAUUGAGAAUUAGUCAUCUUGUAAUGCCCAUUAGAGAUAUGACAGCCUUGGAGUAUAAAGUUAGAGACCUUUACAGCGCAGACAGAAAAUUAGCAAUUCUUCUUGCUAUUAAUAAUGAGAACAGAAUAAUAAUUUAAAAUUGUAACACCAGCCUAAGGAGGUGUUUUAGAUUUUCCAUUUUUAAACAAUGUUGGUAGGUCAGGUUUAUGCUCCAAGUUACUGCAUAACAUUAAUGCUACUGUGUUAUCUGUCACUGUGUUUAUCAGGCACUGAUGGUGAAUUACACCGUACUGUAUUUGUUUGGAGAGGUAGCCUGAUCAGUUUGAUAAUUUAAAGAUAGUCACCCAUUAUUCAAAAAUACAAAAUGUAUGUGUGUUCAGUUUCAGAAGUCAGAAAUAGUGCGUGUUAAAUCUAAUAUGCAAUACUCUUGUUUGUUAAAAGCUUUGUGGAACUUCAGUUUGAGGUUAAUUGUGUGGAAAUGCCUGCUUACUAGCAGAUCUGCUGGAAACCAGGUGUUGGAGAAACUGCACCAUGGACUCUUUCUCAUUGAAAAUGAAAACAAAUUAUGUUCUGCUGCUUAUCUUCAUGACGAAGUGCAUAAUGGUUAAGUGAAAUGGGCAGUAAAAUUGCAGAUGCCAGUUUUUCCAAACCCUUAUUUACAAGUAUUGGAUUUAAGUGGCCCAUUUGUAUCCAGAGAAGAUAAAUUAGAAUUGUAGGUGCCCUUUAUAAGACAAAACAUUUUAUGAUUUCAGCACUUAGCUGUAACUGCCCUGAAAUCUAAAUACGCUUUUUUUUGUGUGUGGCUGUAUUCUUUGUUCUGAGUAUGCAAAGCAGUGCAAUUACUCACUUGAGCCAUCCUGGCAAAUAAUUCAGCACUAACAGAAGUUGAAUUUAAUGCCACUUCUACACAGAUGAAAAUAGGGUUGGGGAAUUGCUGUCUCAGCAUGUAGCACAAUGGGGUUUUAGUAGGGGCAGUAAAUACUUGAAUGCUACAUGUAUCUUCAAGUCUGUCUUUCUCCAUUUGUGUACGUUGCAUUAGAAUGGAGGGUUGACAUUUUCUGAACAUCAUCUUGGGAUUUUGGGUUGUUUUUUUCACAGUUUGGGGAGAUGAACAUAAGCAUACUAUAAUUAAUAUUUUUUUCAAUUGGAAACUUAAACACUUGUUCUAGUGAGUAGUAACUGGGCAUGCUUGGAAAUUCAGUACAUGGACAAUGCAGUGCAGCAUGAGCUUAAGGCUACCUAGUUACUGUGAGAUCCACUUCUGUAUUAUGUAGAGUGGGCUUUUGAGUUUGGUUAGUUUGGAGGAGAAUACUGGAAACAGAAGCUUAGCAUUUUUUAAACAAUUUUUACUAAGAUGAGAAGAAAACGCUUGGACAACAUAAGUAAGCCACUGGAGAGUAGCCGCAGCUUAGAGGAAAAUGUUAUCGAGAAUGUGUCCUAUAGACCACCUGGAAUUGGAUGCUAAAUGGAAUAUAGGGGCUGACUGUAAAAUACAUGUAAGGGACCUGAUGAAAUAGCUUAAUUUGAGAAGUAAUUGGCUGUAAAGAAAUCAUUGUAAAAAAACCCUAGAUUUUCCUAGUGUAUCUUUAAUUUUUUUCAGGUAGAAAUAUAUUCCAGGUGUUUCAUUGAAGAUAAACAUUUCCAGUAAUUCCUGCCCAAACCACAGUGUUUUGGAAAAACUGGCUGAAUAUUGCUAUACUUGUAUAAAAAUUAAGAAUGGGAGGGAAUAUCUGAUAUAUAUCACAAGAUAUUUUUUCUCUAGUAAUUGAUGAGCCUUUGGAGAUAUACAGCCAAGUGAGAAAAAGUUCACAAACAGAACACUAAAAUUCCAUGUUCUAGUUUGAGUUGCCUUUUUGAAAAUGAGAAAUUGCAUGAAUCUUAAAAUAAUUCAGUUUUUUUUAUCUCCUGGGUUUUUACCAUACCACUCUGUAAACUACAUUUUUAACCCCCUGAACUGUUCAUUGUGCAUCUACAUAGAAGUUAAUUAAUUUCAAAUGUCUUGUGCCAGUGAGGGUUGAUUGGUGCUUUCAGAGUAAAAGCCUUGUUGUUCUCUGUCUGUAAUAUUAGGGAGAGGGCAAAUCUGUUAUAAACAUUUGUACUGAAUAACCUCUUCUUCCCUCCUGAAAGCAAGGCUGGUGAACUGCCGAAGACAACAAGGGAUUCCAAGCUCUAAUGGACCUUUGCGAAGAAAAGUUUUGGCUUGUAUGGAAUUUACAUGGGCCUCAUGGAAGAAAGCUUAUCUGUUUAGUAUUUGUGCAUUUACUAAAAUGGCAGCUUAAAAAAAGUUGUGUAUCUGCUAUUGUGAUGCCAAUGCCCGUGUUUUAAGUGGAAAAUUGACCUCUUUGCUUUGUGCUGUGUACACAAGAUUUCUGCAAAAGUAAAGGAAAAAACAUUUUUAUGGCUCACACAGCUUAAAGUAGCUGUCACUCAAAACAUGCGCUCACAGUCGAGCUGAUUUUGUUUCAUUCUAAAUAAAUUGUUUCUUUUGAGGAAAA